AUGUUUGGGAUCGGGAAGAGAAAGCUAUUCGGGAUCAUUUCCGUGCCGCUCCUGGUGGCACUGAUGUGCUGCGCUCAGAGCGUCAAUGAACCAGGUAACAUGUCCUUCGUGAAAGAGACCGUGGACAAGCUGCUGAAGGGAUAUGACAUCCGUCUCCGACCUGACUUUGGAGGAGCGCCAGUGUCAGUUGGGAUGACCAUCGACGUGGCGAGCAUAGACAUGGUGUCUGAAGUCAACAUGGACUUCACGUUGACGAUGUAUUUCCAGCAGUACUGGAGGGAUAAGCGUUUAGCGUACACGGGGAUUCCUCUGAACCUGACCCUGGAUAACAGAGUGGCUGAUCAGCUGUGGGUUCCUGACACCUACUUCCUGAACGAUAAGAAGUCCUUCGUCCACGGCGUGACGGUGAAGAACCGCAUGAUCCGCCUUCACCCGGACGGAACCGUCCUCUACGGGCUGAGAAUCACCACGACUGCUGCUUGCAUGAUGGACCUGAGGAGAUACCCGCUGGAUGAGCAGAACUGCACGCUGGAGAUAGAGAGCUAUGGCUACACGACCGACGAUAUCCAGUUCUACUGGAAUGGAGGAGACAACGCCGUAUCCGGGGUGUCCCAAAUCGAGCUUCCUCAGUUCUCCAUCGUGGACUACAGACUGGUGUCCCGGAACGUCGUCUUCUCCACAGGAGCUUAUCCACGCCUGUCACUCAGCUUCAAGCUGAAGAGGAACAUCGGAUAUUUCAUCCUGCAGACCUACAUGCCUUCCAUCCUGAUCACCAUCCUGUCCUGGGUCUCCUUCUGGAUUAACUACGAUGCUUCAGCAGCGAGAGUAGCUUUAGGUAUCACGACUGUCCUUACCAUGACCACCAUCAACACCCACCUCCGAGAAACGCUGCCCAAGAUCCCGUACGUCAAAGCCAUAGACAUGUACCUGAUGGGCUGCUUCGUCUUCGUCUUCUUAGCGCUACUCGAAUACGCCUUUGUCAAUUAUAUCUUCUUCGGACGAGGCCCUCAGAUGCAGAAGAAAAUGGCAGAGAAGGCAGAGAAAGCCAACAACGACCGCACUAAAUACGACGGAAACAAGUCUGUUCAGGAGGGAGGGAAUUGCAAAGCGUCGGGAGUUAAACAGUCCAAUCAGGUACAAGGUCACCGUCACUCACGAGGGGUGGACUCUCAGGGGAACAUCCUGCUGACCACGCUGGAGAUCCAUAAUGAAGUGGCUGGGAACGAGAUCACUACCAGUGUCAGCGAUGCGAGAAACUCCACCUCCGUGAUGUUGGAUAACUCAGGGAUCCAGUACAGGAAGGCGAGCGGACCACGGCGGCACAGCGUGGAGCGAAACGCACAGCCUAAAAAGGCUCGACUGCGCAGACGCUCUUCGCAGCUGAAGAUCAAAAUCCCGGAUCUUACAGACGUCAACGCCAUCGAUCGAUGGUCACGGAUAAUAUUCCCCGCCGUGUUUUCCCUUUUCAAUCUCAUCUACUGGCUUUACUACGUGAAUUAA